AUGAACGAAACACGGAGAUCGGCCCGGACAAGGGUCGAAAAUUUAGGAAUCCAGCCCGCCGAAACAGCUCCCUGUCGAUUGUGCUCGGUGUCAUGGAACAAGUGCGACCUCAGCGACUCCCUAGCCAGUCCAGAACUGGAAGUGGCCAUCCGUGAAGCGGUUUUCAUUGCGAUUCAACCCGGUGAUCAAUUUACUGGAGUGUGCCCAAUGUGUGUUGAUUUGCUCCAUAUGGUUCGGUUGUUUCGAAAUUCUUGUGAGCAGGCACAGUUACUGCUCGGUAGAAGCUGGGAGCUUCCGAAAAGUAUUUUGCGAAUCGGUGAGGUGGUGGGCAGCUGCCGGACAUUCGUAGAACAACUGAAUGCCGAAAUUGGCAAGCAAUUCGAGGAUGUUUCCUUCAAGACGGAAGUCCCACAAACGAACUGUGAUGAACUACUUCCGCAGGAAGAUAUCAAGGACGAAUCAGAACUUAAUAUUCUGAACUCCCAGAAGGAUGCAUUUGAUGAUUUUAUCAAUAAAAAUGAUAAAAUAGCUAUCCCCAAAGAUUCGGACUUCAGCGACGAAAAUGAUUCGGAUUAUGAGGGAGAAGAAAAUUUUGAAAGCAAUUCUUCGGAGGAAGAAAAACCAAACAUUAGCGCAGAACCGUUGUCAACGGCUGAUAAAAGGAAACGUGGACGACCCAGAUUACCAGAUCAUCUGGUUAAGAAGCGUAGACGGAACCCAGGCGAUCCCCCUUUAAAGCGUGGACCCAAAAAUUGUUCCCGUAUGCCAAAGUAUUCGAUUUGCGACAUUUGCGGGGAGAUGGUUCACAAGAAGGCUAGGGAGCGGCACCGAAAUCAGCACGCAGGCCUCACGCCAUACGCCUGCCCCCUUGAAGGUUGUGAACACAAGUUCGCCGAUCGGAACGGUCUCCAUGGGCACAUAGCCCGGCACAAGGACAAAGAACGGUACGAUUGCGACUUUUGCGGCAAAUCGAUUAAAACGAAAAAUUCGCUCAGUCGGCACCUACGGAUGCACACCGAAGAAAAGCAACACCAGUGUGGGAUUUGUGGGAAGAAAUUCUGGCGGAAAAACUAUCUGGCCAGACACAUGACGACACAUACUUCGGACAAAGAUUUUCCCUGUGGCAUCGGAAAGUGUAAGCGAAUAUUCAAGGGCGAACAUUUCCGCAUCAAGCACGUGCAGAAAAAGCAUUCGGGACCGAAAAAACCGCGAAAGCAACGGGAGAAGAAAGAGCCUAAAGCUAAGAAAAAGAAGAGUAGAAAAAAAUUGGAGACCGUUACCGAUAGCGGCGCUCAAGAUGCUCUUAACAGUUUUGAGACGAUUGGCAAUGCUGAGGUUGAGCAGUUUGCAACGAAUAGUUGGAUGGUGAAAAGCGAGUUAGGUUCUGUGCAAUUUUUUUAA